UUUAAGAGAAGGAACUACAGCAGACAUACAGGUACAGUUGUAUGAGAUCAUGGAGAGGAAACGCGUUAAAGAACCGAUGUUCAGAGUUGUUAAGAAGUUGAAACAGGAACACACUGGACAUGACCGGAACGGAGACGUCUUCAUCGUGCAACGUGAUAAAAAGGUCUACGAUGCUGGGGUGUACUUAGACGGACAGAUCGUUCAGUUAAAAAGAACAUUUUUCAACCAUACAGAAAUAGGCAAAAUAAAUGUGGAUGGGUUCACCGGAGGGAACAGAUUUGCAAUUUACAGGAAGAUCUCGGAAAUCCCUCGGUCAUUCAAAGAAAAUGUCGAAGAAGCAAUGAGCAGACGUCUAGAAAAUAAUUUUUCUGAAUACAACUGUAUUGAGUUUGUCCUAGAACUUCUUGAAAUUUAUCUGGCGCCAACUGAAUCUGACUGCAAGAAGAUUUCCUCUGGCGCUAAACCAAAGGGCUUUAAUGUUGUCAAAGGAUUUUCUGAUGAAUACAGUGGAAAUGCUAAACUAGGAGACUUGUUCAUUGUGCAAAGUGGGAUAUCUGUCUUUGAAUCGUACUAUGCUGGAGUCUGCUGCCAUGAAAAGGGACCAGAGAUUAUUCAGUUCACAUCACAAAAGAUUGGAUUACUCGUGACCAGUGUCGUGAACAAAGUGCACAUGAACACAUUCUCGGCAGACAGGAAAUUUGCAAUUUAUAGAAAGAAGACGGGAAUCCCAGACUCGUUCAAAAAAAAAGUUGAUGAAGCCAUGAGCAAAAUGCCACAAAAUAUGUUUUUUAGUUACGAUUCUGUUCAAUUUGCCCUGGAACUACUGGAGAAUAAAUUGGAGAAAACUGAAAGAGAUGUGGAAAGUUUGACUGAGCAGGUAUUUGGUGGUUUAUCUGAAUGAGUGCAGGUCUGUAGAACUGAUUCUUCUCUUCAUUUCUCUGAAUAACGACGUGUUAUCCGGACAAACAGAUGAGACGAGAGUCUGCUCAUGAAUGAAUAACUAUUUUCCUCACAGUGUCACAGUAUCAUUUAAAUUAAAUCAGAUUUGCAAUCUGAAAUACAUUUAAAUGAUUUCAGGUUUGGUUUUUGAUUAUCGUUGUGAUUCAUACAAAUAAAAACAAACA